AUGAAUAUGUGGUCUAAUGAUACUCAAUUCAAUAGUGAUGCAAUGUUUAUCCAACAAAAAACAAUACCGUUAUCAAAUAAAAAUUUACAAGAUAAUUCUGAUAAUGAUUCUCUUACGGAUGUAUCAAGUAUUAUUGAAAUAGAAUCAUCAUUUAUAAAUUAUGAUCAAGCAUCAAAAUAUAAUAAUGCAUCAAUUGAACGUAAACAAACAAUACAUAGCAACACUGCAAUACAUGAUCCAUAUGUACCUGAUGAUGAAUUAUUUCAAUCAUUAGUUGAUUAUGCAAAUAGUUUUAGUUUAGACGAAACUUUUUAUUCAAUAGUAGAUGUAAAAAAACAGUUAAAUCCUAUCAAUUCAAUUAAACAAUCAUCAACAAAACAACGAACUCAAUCAUCAACAAGUCAUGUAACAUCAUUCAUUGAAAAUGAUAGAUUAAGACAACAUAAAAAUUAUGAAGAUCUAAGACAUGACGCUCAAUCAAAAAUAAUAAACCAACUAGAUUCAACUAAAUCAAUACCUUCUCAUUUUUUUUCUUUGCAAACAACCAAAGAUGAUGAUGAUGAUGAUGAUGAUAAUAAUGAUAAACAUAGUGAUGAUAAUACAACAGUUACAGAUGGAUCAAAAUUCGAUUGGGAAUAUUGCUCUGAUUCAAUAGAACAUUCAAAUAAAUCAUCAACAAAUUUAUUUCAAAAUUAUCAAGUAACAACUAAUAUUAAUGACAUAAAAUCAAAUUAUUUACAAGAUUUUCAAGAAUUAUCUUCAGCUAGUUUUGCAAAUAAUAAAUCAUGUUCACCAAUUAUUAUUCGUGUGAAAAUUAAAAAUCCUACUAUUCAAAAAAAUAAAGACAAUCAAUUCUUGCGUCCACAUACUUCAUUACUACAAUCGACUCCAAUUAUCGUUCAAGAAAUUUUUCAUAAAUCUUCUCCAUCUAAUCGAUCAAUUUCAAAACAUGAUUUACAAACAUUAUCAACUCCUUCCAAUGAUUUUUAUUCACCAUCAAAAUCAUUUAUCAAUCCAAAACGUAAAAUAAUCGAUGAACCAAUACCACUAAGACGACAUAAACAUUAUGCUAAUGAACAACCAAAAAAGAUUAUUAUUGAAUAUGAUCAAAUUAAUGUUACUGUUAAUAAAAAUAUCAAACAACGAAAAGAAAUAAAACGUGUUAAUCCAAAUCAAUAUAUUCAACAGUAUGGAAAUUCAUUAUGUUCAAAUGAAGUCUUUCGAAAUCUACUAACAAAUAUUAUAUCAUAA